GAUCUCAGAGCAGCAGCAGCAGACGCAGACUCUGCUCCACAGCUCAGCGGCAGCAUGUCGGACUCUCAGCGGCCCCUCGUCUAUCUCAUCACCGGCGGAUGCGGGUUCCUCGGCCAGCACCUGCUGAAGAUUUUGCUGGAGAAGGAGGACGAACUGAAGGAGGUGCGGGUGUUUGACAAGCACAUACCUUCCAGUUUCAGCGUACAAAGCACAGAGCGGAGGAAGGUGGUGGUCAUCGAGGGGGAUAUCACAGACUACAGCAGUGUGUUGGAGGCCUCGCGGGGAGCGGACAUCGUCAUCCACAUGGCCAGCUUAGUGGAUGUCUGGCACAGAGUCCCAGAAACUCUAAUCUACUCGGUCAACGUGACAGGAACGGGGAAUGUCAUCAAUGCCUGUGUGGAGUGUGGUAUCCAGUGUCUGAUCUACACCAGCAGUAUGGAAGUUAUUGGUCCCAAUGUCAAUGGAGACCCCUUUAUCAGGGGCAAUGAAGAUACACCUUACAAAGUGAACCACACUAUGGCCUACCCCAAGAGCAAGGCAAAGGCUGAGAAAAUGGUGCUUGAAGCUAAUGGCACAGAGCUGAAAGGUGGAAAGUUUUUACACACAUGCUCCCUAAGGCCGACGGGGAUCUAUGGCGAAGGGCAUGAGCUGAUAAAGGACUUCUACAAACAGGGAGCUGAAAGGGGUGGCUUGAUUAUUGGGGGCGUCCCAGACAAAACUGAACACGGGCGAGUCUAUGCAGGCAACGUGGCCUGGAUGCAUGUACUCGCAGCCCGAGCCCUGAAAGAGCGCCCGCAGACGGUCGGAGGUGAAGCUUUCUUCUGCUACGAUGACUCACCCUACUUGAGCUACGAGAAUUUCAACAUGUUGUUCCUCUCCACGUUUAAGUUCCGAAGAGUCCGCAUGCCAUUCUUUGUGAUCUGGUUCCUGGCCACGAUUAACGACUUGCUCCGUUGGAUACUGAGCCCUGUUUAUAAUUUCACACCGCUGCUGAACCGUUACACAUUGGCCGUUGCUUCUACCUCUUUCACGGUGCACACAGACAAAGCCCAACGUUACUUCCAGUAUCGCCCCCUUUAUGACUGGGGUCAGUGUCAAGCCAACACACAGACAUGGGUUGAUUCAUUCCCUCUGGAUCACCUCAAAAACUCAUAAUGUGACCUUGACUAAUGCAACAUGCAUCUGAAGCUGCUAUGUAGACUCACAAGAGUAUAUUCAGAUAUAUACCACUAUAUAUGAUAUUAAUUUUGUCUGUAAAAACAAUGCAUAAUGAUUGCAAAAUUCAGAUUGGUGCAAAACCUUUAUUACCGCAUUCAUGUAUGUCCAGCAUUUAUAGCUUAUUUAUACAGACAAUAUAGUUUAAUUAUUUGUUCAAUAAUUAACAUUCAUAUAGCUGUUUAACAUCAGCAUUGUAACUAUGUAAACUGUAAAAGCAUUAAAUUACAUGUAUAUGAUAAUAUAUAUUAUUGAUAUAAAUGUGUACACUGCAUACUUUAAAGAACAUUUCAAGUUGAAAUGAUAUUGUCAGAAGUAGAUCCUGUUUAAUUUAAGGUUUUGGGAAUUUCAAAUAAAGAUUAUUUUAAUUUCACUCUACAGAAAGAUGUUACAAGUUCCGGUUAUUCCCUCCCAUAAGCGGUUUCAUUCACAUGUUUUUAUUUUGAUGUGUCAUGGUGAAUGUUUGUCCCUCUGGAGAGGUUUCCAUAGAGAUGAUGAUCUUUGUUUAUAUGCAGGCGUGUCUCCCUCUAUGCUUUGUGGAAACAUGUCUUCAUACUUCAUAACAACCAGCUGUACAACCCGUAUUGCUUUUAUGAGUAUAUGGGAGUUGCCUUUGGAUAACCUGACGUGUUUCAGCAUGCAAGGGGUGUCCCCCUUUUUCUUUGGUUUUCCAUGGCAAUCCUCAGGACAGUUCCACGCCUCAUAGAAUGAAAGAGAAAACAGAAAAAUGACUCACAAUCUCCAACUGGACCUCUGAUGGUCUCCCUGAACAAAAGAAUUUUGGAAGUGUAUAAAUCACUGCAGAUUAUUCAAACACACAGGCCUGCAGGAGUGGUAAACCAAAUAUUUUUAUAUAAAUUUUUGUUCACCCACUUUUCUAUCUAACACCAUUCACACACUGUGAGCACAGCUGUCUGGGGCUACCUGGGGUUCAGUAUCUUGCCCAAGGACACUGUGGAAUGCAUAGCCUUCCUUCCUCCUGAGCCACAGCUGCCCCCAGUAUCCACACCUCAGUGUGUGCCCAAUGAAAGGUGUGUAAUCUUUACCUCUUUGUUCAGACCAACUUGAGCAUUAGGUCUGAGGCGUGAGUUCUCAUUUUUUUGGCUCACCUUCGCCCUUGAGCCAUUAGAGAGUUGACACUUGGGUUUAGGGAUAAACAAGUUAGGUUUGGUUAUUUAUGAAUUCAUCUAUGAGUGUCCCCAU